GAGCCUCCCCGGCAGCUGCGAAGGGCACGGCCAAGAGCCAGUGGGAGGUGAAGGCGUUCCCGCCGCGGCCAAUGGAGCGCCGACCGAGGCGGACCUGGGCCAACCGCCUGGUAACGGCCGCGUGGUUACUGGGCACCCGGUGUGAGCUCUCAAGGCUCCGCGGGUGUUCGCGCUCAGGUGUGCAGGAUGAAGAUCGAGGAGGUGAAGAGCACGACCAAGACGCAGCGCAUUGCCUCCCACAGCCACGUGAAGGGGCUAGGGCUAGACGAGAAUGGUCUGGCCAAGCAGGCGGCCUCGGGGCUCGUGGGCCAGGAGAACGCGCGUGAGGCAUGUGGUGUGAUAGUAGAAUUAAUCAAAAGCAAGAAAAUGGCUGGAAGAGCUGUCUUGUUGGCAGGACCUCCUGGAACUGGCAAGACAGCUCUAGCUCUGGCUAUUGCUCAAGAGCUGGGUAGUAAGGUCCCUUUUUGCCCGAUGGUGGGGAGUGAAGUUUACUCCACGGAGAUCAAGAAGACAGAAGUGCUGAUGGAGAACUUCCGCAGGGCCAUUGGGCUGCGGAUAAAGGAGACCAAGGAGGUCUAUGAAGGCGAGGUCACGGAGCUGACGCCUUGCGAGACGGAGAACCCGAUGGGGGGCUAUGGCAAGACUAUCAGCCACGUGGUUAUCGGGCUCAAGACGGCCAAGGGCACCAAGCAGUUGAAACUGGACCCCAGCAUUUUUGAAAGUUUGCAGAAAGAGCGAGUAGAGGCUGGCGAUGUGAUUUACAUUGAAGCCAACAGUGGGGCUGUGAAGAGGCAGGGCAGGUGCGAUACCUACGCCACAGAAUUCGACCUUGAAGCUGAGGAGUAUGUCCCCCUGCCCAAGGGGGAUGUGCACAAGAAGAAGGAAAUCAUCCAGGAUGUGACCUUGCAUGACUUGGAUGUGGCCAACGCACGGCCCCAGGGGGGACAAGAUAUCCUGUCUAUGAUGGGUCAGCUCAUGAAGCCAAAGAAGACUGAGAUCACAGAUAAACUCCGAGGGGAGAUUAACAAAGUGGUGAACAAGUACAUCGACCAGGGCGUGGCCGAGCUGGUCCCGGGGGUGCUCUUUGUUGAUGAGGUCCACAUGCUGGACAUCGAGUGCUUUACCUACUUGCACCGGGCCCUGGAGUCUUCCAUCGCCCCCAUUGUCAUCUUUGCAUCCAACCGAGGCAACUGUGUCAUCAGGGGAACGGAGGACAUCACCUCUCCUCACGGCAUCCCUCUUGACCUCCUGGACCGAGUGAUGAUCAUCCGGACCAUGCUGUACACCCCACAGGAGAUGAAACAGAUCAUUAAAAUACGAGCCCAGACAGAAGGAAUCAACAUCAGUGAGGAGGCGCUGAACCACCUUGGGGAGAUUGGUACUAAGACCACUCUGAGGUACUCGGUGCAGCUGCUGACCCCAGCCAACCUGCUGGCCAAGAUCAACGGGAAAGAUGGCAUUGAGAAGGAGCAUGUCGAGGAGAUCAGUGAGCUCUUCUAUGAUGCCAAGUCCUCGGCCAAGAUCCUGGCUGACCAGCAGGACAAGUACAUGAAGUGAGACAGCUGAGGUUACAAGGACACUGGGCAGGCUGGGCCCAAUCUGGCCUGUGGGUAGGAGGCUCGCCCCAGGUUGGGUUCUGUCCUCACUCAGGCGGGUGGCAGCAUUUUCAGUUUAGUGUGGAAGGGUUUCUUUUUAUCAUAAUUCCUGGCGUGGUUGCUUUGAAGGAACCCUGGUAUGUUUUCUAAUAAAUCCUGAUGGGUUAUUUGGAUGACA